UCCACUUCCGCUGGCAUCCCUGACUAUCGGGGCCCAGCGGGGGUAUGGACCUUGAAGGCCCAAGGCAACGACCGCCACCUGUCGCCUACACACAGGUCCGCCCUAGCUACGCCCACCGCACGCUUGCGUUGCUCGUCCAAGCGGGUUUGGUUAAGCAUGUGGUAACCCAAAACGUGGACGGCCUGCACCGCGUGAGCGGGGUGCCCCGAGAGAAGCUUAGCGAGUUACACGGGAACGCUAGGAUGGAGAGGUGCGCGGAAUGCGGAAGGGAGUACCUCCGGGACUACGCGACUUGGAGCGUGACGGCCGGCACUGGUUCUACGUCGGCGUCCGCACGGGCCAAGCGACGGCGCUCGUCCGAACGAGCCUUGCCGUUCGGAGCCUCGGCUCAUGCGUCCGGAGAAAGCAUCCCGUCCGAACGCCCGACCCUGCCGUUCGAGAGUUUCCUGCCGCGCGAUUGCUUUCCACCGUCCGCUGGACGGUUAACGUCCUGCAGUUCCCAGCCGUCCAACGAAUCUACGCCGCUGGACAAUCCUCGACCGUCCGACAGUUUUCGACCGUCCAACAGUCCUCUACUGUCCAACCUCUCCUCGCCGUCCGGUCACUUAGUCCAGUCCAGCACGUCUCAGGCGUCCGAUCAUUCCGCACACUCAUCCACUCUUCGACCGCCGAUCACUCCCUACCGACCGAUAGCGUCCCCCGGUCCGUUCGCUGCUCACCGUCCGAUUGCUUUCACACCUUUCGAGUCCUUUCACAGGCGGUGCGAAUCCCAGGGCUGCGCAGGCUCCCUUCGGCACUGCGUAACCCUGUUCAGGGAACCCCUUCCGGAUUCUGCGGUGCGUUCGGCGGAGCGCGAAACCGCCCUGGCCGACGCUGCGUUGGUGCUCGGGAGCAGCUUGCGGGUAGCCCCCGCUUGCGACUACCCUGCUGACGUGGCAGCCUCCGGAGGAAAUCUGGCCAUUGUCAACCUGCAGCCCACACCUUUGGACGCUAAAGCUGACGUCAUCAUCAGGAGGGGAUGCGACCAAGUGAUGGAGUUGCUGCUUUCUCAUCUGAAAUCGAACGUUGGGUUGACUUGUGGAUUCCACGAACCUAUGAGCGAACUCUGCGAGAGCCAGGUUUGCGGACAAGCCCUCAUGGGGCUCAGUGAAGCCGCCUCUUGAGAUGCUCAAAGAUGCCUCUUCGGUUCAAUGGUCGACAGCAAAGUGACCGGCUGCCAUGCAAAACUAUUCAUUGCCAG